AUGACAGAAUCUAACAACGAAGAUAAGGCUGGUCCAGGUAUUGCGAAUUAUCCUCAGCUCUCGGAUCUCAUCUUCAAUAACACAAGCAACAACUCUUUCAACAAAGUCCUGGGCGAACUCAAACGAAGCACAUUAUCGAUACCAAACAGACUUCGCUCGAUCAAACAGGAUGCAAACUUUGUUUCUGAGGUUGCCUCUGCGUAUGGACUGCCACUGGUCGCCAAUGAGAGGUGCGGAAGCUGGUAUAUACACCCAGAGCAGAAGAAACAGAGCGCUUACUUCAAGAGCACGGAUGGACACAUGGCACAGUGGAGUUUCAGCUUGAGAAGAUUGAACCUUCAGGUACUGGAGACCAUUGGACGAUCUGAUGGAUGUAUCAUAGUCGACUCUACAAGGCGUGGCAAAAGCAUGCCUGAUGCUUUGUCAAAAACUAUACCCAUCUGGACAACUGUUAUGAAUCGCAUUCUAUUUCCAGAUCACCCAGAUAGCCACGAAGUCACUACACCUCCCACAGUAGUAGGGGCAUCCGAGCACACCCAGAUUGCUGCACGGAUAGCAGGCUUCGUCGAGUCUCUCAAGACACUAGAACUUGACAUUCCAUCCAUCCGUCAAAAGAUCACAAAACCACUCCGGCCAAUCUGGGUAACGCCAACAUCUUCUCUGCCAGAAUCACCUCCAAACUUCCCUUCUUUCCAUCCGGUAGUCCUCCUUACAGCAUCGUCCCGCAUAUCUGGCUCUGAGUCGACAUCAGAGACUGGAUACGUACAAGGAGCUGCCGACGAUGCGGAAGCCUGGGCCCAAGGUCUGACCGCUCCUCUGUUCUGGAAACACAGCGAAACGUUAUCCAAUACCCCUGAAGACAUGAUCGAAGAAGUCAUCGCAGAGCUUGUGAAGAAAGGUGAUGGCAAUCAAGGCUCUCAGCUUACACCUAUCGGGCCAGGAAAGCGGGUCGCAAUUGGUACGAUAGAUGCCGCCGAGACGGAUGCAGGAGCGAAGGACAUAGUCAUCACAGUGGCGUCUAAAGAGAACGAAGUUCUGCGAUCGAAGAUGGAGACUGAAUAUCUACACCUCACCCUUGUGGAUGGCAAAGUAGGGAGCAGACAACUACGACACAGUCUCCCUAAUCUCAUUGCUUGGGUCAAAGCACAGCUCUCUGCAACUUCCGCAUCUCGCAUCGUAGUGGCAGAUACAAAUGGCAAAGAUCAAGGUGUGGGUAUUGCGCUAGCGAUUCUGUGUCUUUUCGUCACAGAUGAUGGAAACAUACGGUCAAGCGAGGAGGUGAAAGAUCCGCCCAAUGGACUGAACAAACAAACGAUCAAGCAAAAGCUCAGUUGGAUAUCCGUGGCCAAACCGGAUGCCAAUCCCAGUCGGACGACACUGCAGAGCGUAAACGCGUAUCUGUUGGGCUGA